GGCGGGGGCCGCGGCCAUGGCCGGCUGCUGCCUCUCCGCCGAGGAGAAGGAGUCGCAGCGCAUCAGCGCCGAGAUCGAGCGGCAGCUGCGGCGGGACAAGCGGGACGCCCGCCGGGAGCUGAAGCUGCUGCUGCUGGCCUGUACUCUCACCUUCCAACUGCUCCAAUCUCAGCUGCUUCACCUGCUUCUCUCUCAGGAGCUCGAGUGUGUGGACAGAAGCACUGUAUUGAACCAGGAACUUCCAUUCAGCCUUCCUCCUCCAUGAUGUCUGCCUGCCUUUGUCACACGUAUUUACUAUCUGUGUUGGCUUCUGUGAACAGAUCUUAUGAAACUGAGAAUUUACUCUGCUUAUCUGCCUGGCACAGGAGAAAGUGGCAAGAGUACAUUCAUCAAACAAAUGAGGAUUAUUCAUGGAUCAGGUUACACAGAAGAAGACAGGAAAGGCUUCACAAAAUUGGUUUACCAAAACAUAUUUACUGCCAUGCAAGCGAUGAUCAGAGCCAUGGAUACUCUCAAGAUACAGUACACAUCCAAAGAGAAUGAGGAGAGCGCUCAGAUGAUCAAAGAAGUGGAAGUGGAUAAAGUGACUGCGCUGGAAAGAAAACAAGCUGAAGCAAUCAAGCAGCUCUGGGAAGACCCAGGAAUUCAAGAAUGCUAUGACAGACGGAGGGAGUUCCAGCUCUCAGACUCUGCUAAGUAUUAUCUUACUGACCUUGAUCGUAUUGCUAUGCCCUCAUUUGUGCCAACGCAGCAAGAUAUUCUUAGAGUCCGAGUGCCAACUACAGGAAUUACCGAGUAUCCUUUUGAUUUAGAAAAUACUAUAUUUAGGAUGGUGGAUGUAGGUGGCCAAAGGUCAGAAAGAAGGAAGUGGAUCCAUUGUUUUGAAAGUGUUACUUCCAUCAUUUUCUUAGUUGCAUUAAGUGAAUAUGAUCAAGUCUUGGCAGAAUGUGACAAUGAGAAUCGAAUGGAAGAAAGUAAGGCCUUAUUUAAAACUAUCAUUACAUAUCCCUGGUUUCUGAAUUCUUCAGUCAUUUUGUUUUUAAAUAAAAAAGAUCUUCUAGAAGAGAAAAUCAUGUAUUCCCAUCUAAUUAGUUACUUUCCAGAAUACACAGGACCUAAACAAGAUGUCAAAGCUGCCAGAGACUUCAUUUUGAAGCUGUAUCAGGAUCAGAAUCCAGACAAGGAGAAAACAAUCUACUCCCACUUCACUUGUGCCACAGACACAGAAAAUAUUCGUUUCGUCUUCGCUGCUGUCAAGGACACAAUCCUGCAAUUAAACCUGAGGGUGUUCAACCUGGUUUAAAGAGAAAACAUGGUUGCAGCCAAAAUGUGUGGCUUAUUCAUAACACAGCCUGUGUUGAUAGAAAAAAAGGUGUCUUUUUAAAUACCAUUUACAGAAAUGGGAGGGGAUUAAGAGAACUUUAAAGAAUGAGUUUCAAAGUUUACUUUUUAAGAUAUACAUUUAAAAUAUUGUGUUCCUAUUUCCCAUGUUAGUUUUGUGAGUUAUUUUUUGACAGCUGUGGGAAUUAUGUAUACUUAGAAUAAUGUACAUAACUACGUUGCUGUCCAGCUGGUAUUUUCUUAAGACUUUUCUAUUUUUAUUUUUUUUUUUAAUUUUAUUUAGCAUUUACAAUCAUAGCUUAUAAAAUUUCAAACAGUGAUGUCUUAAAAAUUACAAGUUCGUGUUAUUUUAGGGUACUAGACAUUUUUAUAUUCUUGUUCUGAACAAUGUAGUUGAAAGACUAAGGUAAACCUAUCACACUUUUUAGAAGCGUCUCUCAGUAGCUCUCAUAGGCCAAACCCAUUAGUAUUCUAGGAAUUGUUACAAAAGAUUAAUUAUUGGUGACCUUUGCGUAUCACUGCCUUUUUGUUCAAGUGCCUUACAAUAAUAUAAUACCUUUCACAGUUAAGGAAUGACAGAUUAAGGUCUUGUAGGCAGUCCAUGGAGUUUAGUCUUUUUUGAAGGGAAAAGCAUUUCUGAAACAGCCGGGCAUUUAGCAAACGUUCUCUGCAUUCACUGCCACGGGAGCUCGGAGAUCAUCCACGCUUCCCUGUGAUAAACCAGGCCUUGAAUUCCUCCGAGUCACAAACAUAACUUGCUCUUUUGCACUUUGCAAUUUCCUGUCAUUGAGCUUCACGGGUAGUUUUGCAUGGAUUGGAGAGCAGUAAAGGCUCUCCUCUAGAAGAUUUCCAGCCAUUUUCCCACCUCCCCCACUCCUUGGCCACCUACAAACCUCUCCACUAAAGAUGCCGGCACCACUAAUAGCUCAGCCAGUCCUUCCUCACUGCGUCAAAAAUUCUCAGACAAAAUAAUAGAAGACAUUAGGGCAACCUGGAAGACCCUUUUUACCCAUGCGAACUUCAUGGUAGUCACUGGGACUUGAUCAGCUCACCCAGCAACACUGGUAAGGAGAGCGAUUUAGUGGAGCAGUCUGUUAUUAGCAGCAAUUCAGUCUAAAAGAUGUGCCGAGGUUCUCCUGUAUUUAAAUACAUGAAAGUUCCAUUUUUCCAAGAAGAAAUAUUACAGCAAUAGUUUUUAUGAUCAUCAUAAAAUAGCAAUUUCUAUGCGACACAGAAAAAAAAAAAUCAAGUCAUAUUGAUUUUUCAGCUUGAGUAGUGUAUUCAGCCAGGUUGAUAGCGCUCUUAGUUCAACCCUGUGAAAAGCACACCCCGACCUUUCACUGCCCAUAAAAUAUGUUUACCGUUUCACAUAAUAAACGGCACAGUUCCCUUUUGUCCAGCAAUACAGAACAAGUAAAGUACGUUCAGAUCUGGUUCUGGUUGCUAAGGAGAAAACAACCUGUAACAUUUGAUUCAUUUGUUAUUUCUUUAGUGUUGGAACAAGCAGUAGAAGCCUGUUCUUGUCUGCUUUAAGGUUUUUCUGGGAGGGAAGGACACUGGCCUCUACGUUGUGUCCAUACUAGUGGAUGGUGGUAAUGAGCACCGAGGGAACAGCGCAAUCAGUACGCCCUGGGAUGAGGUACAGGUACUGUGCCGUUGGCUGAACAAGAAGGGGAAGCAUGGAAUAAACCAGCACAUCCGUGCCUGUGUCGUCCAUGUCACCCAUGUAUCAUCUCUGCCCUCCCUCCAAAGUACUGACAUGGUGACAAGUCCUCAGACCUAAACUAACCAUUGUUGCUCAAAAAAUAAUUCAAAAUAAUUUCUUGUCAUAAAAUCUGUAGAUAUUGGAGUUUUAUAUUAUUUAAGAACUUCGUCAUGUGAAAAGAUGACAACAAAAAUACUUUCUCUAGGGCAGCAGAUUUUGAUGGAGGAAAGCGUAUGAAAUGCCCAACCAUUUGAACUGCUCAAUCCAGUUUUGAGCCCCUUCCAGAAAAACAUCUGUUUAAACUCUUUGCGGUUUCGUAUCUUGAGUCGAGAUUUGCUGUCUAUGUGAAGAGCACAUUGGCACCAUGAAUGUGGGAGCCUGGCUUUGCUGGAGUACAAGUUUUGCAGAUUGUUAAACAGUUACCAUUUUACAGGACCCUCCAGUACAAGAAUGCUUUUCCUUCACAAUUCACAACCAACAUUUAAAAACAAUCACAAGGGCCGUUACCAAGACCAACUUCUGCACAUAGUUCUCAGUCUGCUUGAUGCAACAAGGAAUGAAAACCCACAACGAUAAAAAAACUGGGAGACACCCAGCAAAAAGAGUAUUCAGUUUUUCUCCCUUUUGUUUCAGCCUUUGAUAUACUGAUCCAGAGAUGAUGAGUUAAUAAAAAUUAAUGGCAUGGACAUUCCUUUACUUUUAUACAAGAAUAUUUAGAUUUCUUGUUCCAGAUUUUCCCUGAAAACAAUCAAAACCUCUUUAUAAAAAUCGCAUGUCUGCUGUGAGUGGAAUUUUAGAUCCUUAGAUCCCACUGUCAAAAACCAAAAAUUUGUGACCAACAUCACGGUUGCAUUUCUUAGGUCAAAUAAGAAAGCUCAGGCUCCUUGGCAACUAGAUGACCUUUAAAGGUCCCUUCCAACCCAAACUACUCUAUGAGUCUAUACAUAUACUUGCAUAUACUGGCCAGAAAAUUCCUAAGUAAUCCACCAGUAAGAGUAACCACUGGCAAAUAUUGGCUGAGUAUAGUAGAGUUAUAGGCAGGAAAAAAGGUGACAGCUAUCUGCUAAUUUGUUCAGUUAUAGACAGAAGAGCAUAAGGCAUUCAAGAAUCGCAUAAUCACACCAUGAAAAUCUGCAUUUCAAGAAAUGAAAAUGAUAAACACAAAUGUUUUCUGUAUGAAAAUGUGAAAUACUUUGUAAAAUUUUGAUCUGCAUAAUGAAACAAUUACUGUAAUAUACAUGAAAAACAAAUCUAAGUCAGAAACACUUUGCAGCAUAUCUGAGACAAAUACACAAUGCAUAUUAAGAAGUACUUUUCACCAACAGUUCCCACAAUUAAUAGCCCUGUUCUUUUGAAAUACAUGGUGUCAAUUCCUUAAAAAAAAAAAAAAAAGGAAAAACUCCUUCCACAGUAUUGCAUUAAUUUCCAUAAUAAUCUGCACACAAUAGCAAGACAGACAGAUCCUUCUCCCAGUCUGGUUAAGCAACACUUUUAAGCAUAGAAUCUGAGACCCUUCCUCAACAAAAGUUACAGAUAAAUUGAUCAACAUAGGAAAAAAAGCCAAAACCAAACCUUGAUAAUUAACUGUUAGGAACUUUAGCCAAUUACAUGCUUAAGUCCUGGGAAGUAAAUGUUUCAUUGGGAUUGGUUGCCUCUUUAGUUUUUGUUGCAUCUUCAGUAACGAUUAGUCACUGCAGAUGGAGAUGGAUCAACUGGGAGAGUUUAAUGCUGGAAAAAGGUACUGUGGAAUUGUAUGAUUUGCUGAAGAAACACUGCGCACUCUUGCCUUGUACAACACUGACAUGAUUGCAAGCAAUGCAGCCUUUGGCUAGUUCUUUUCUGGAAUUCAAAUGUGAAACGCUCAAGAGGGGGAAAAAAUAAUCUUCUGAAUAGUUUUGUAGAAUAUUCUCAUUCUUGAAGCUAAUACAGUAUCAGGAAAUAUAUACAAAUCAAAUAUACACAACUCUACUUAAAUGUCAUAUGGCUAUGGAGCAAUUUACAAACAAGCCACAAGACUUGGCAACCCUAUUAAGGUAUGUGAUGUAUUUAUUUAAACUGUUUUACAUCAGCACAAUAAUUAGGAAACUUAGGGUUUGUCGUUCAAAUUCAAGAAUAUGCUGUCAGUAUUAAAUUUUAACUACCAUUACACAGUAAUAUUAAUCUUUUAUUGACUAGUGUGUGAUAUUUGGUAUGUGCAGAUAGAUGGCUAAAAAUAACUCAGAAGGAACAAAAGGCCUUAGUGAUUUGUUUGAUAUGUGAGUGUAUUUUGUGAAGUGCUAAAGACAAUAAAGAGGUAAUAUGUCCAAAAACUUUUUGGAAAAAAAAAAAAAGAGGAUUUAUAUAAGAAUCUG